AUGGCGAAAUCCGGUAAAGCAAAAUCUCUCUCGGAGCAUUAUCUUCUUAAGGAUGCACAAGAUAAAUUGGAUACAAUAACUUCUGCUGUUACUAAUGCCCACAAACCAAAAGAGAUUAAGUCAAAAAAAAAGCUUGAAACAGCACCAGGAGAUUAUCGAUUCCCAACUACAAAUCAAAGCAGGCAUUGUUUCACACGAUAUGUUGAGUACCACAGGUGUGUUGCGGCUAAGGGAGAUGGUGCUCCCGAAUGUGACAAAUUUGCAAAAUAUUAUCGCUCACUUUGCCCCGGCGAAUGGGUUGACCGAUGGAAUGAACAAAGGGAGAAUGGUACUUUUCCAGGUCCUUUAUAGAAGAAAUUUUGGUUAAUAAAAUUUGGUUAAUAAAUCAUUUAAUUUUUAUGUUGAGUUAUGGUUCUUUGUUUCUCCCCGAUUUUUUUAUUUUGAAUUUUUUGUGACAUUGAGGAAACAAAAGUGAAUUUUUAAAAUGGUUAAUAAGUAUUAUUAG